AUUUUUUUUAUUUUUUUUUUUUUUUUUUUUUUUUUUUUUUUUUUUUUUUUUUUUUUUUUUUUUUUUUUUUUUUUUUUUUUUUUUUUUUUUUUUUUUUUUUUUUUUUUUUUUUUUUUUUUUUGUUUUUUUUUUUUUUUUUUUUUUUUUUUUUUUUUUUUUUUUUUUUUUUUUUUUUUUUUUUUUUUUUUUUUUUUUUUUUUUUUUUUUUUUUUGUUUUUUUUUUUUUUUUUUUUUUUUUUUUUUUUUUUUUUUUUUUUUUUUUUUUUUUUUUUUUUUUUUUUUGUUUUUUUUUUUUUUUUUUUUUUUUUUUUUUUUUUUUUUUUUUUUUUGUUUUUUUUUUUUUUUUUUUUUUUUUUUUUUUUUUUUUUUUUUUUUUUUUUUUUUUUUUUUUUUUUUUUUUUUUUUUUUUUUAUUUUUUUUUUUUUUUUUUUUUUUUUUUUUUUUUUUUUUUUUUUUUUUUUUUUUUUUUUUUUUUUUUUUUUUUUUUUUUUUUUUUUUUUUUUUUUUUUGUUUUUUUUUUUUUUUUUUUUUUUUUUUUUUUUUUUUUUAAUAUAUUUUUUUUUUUUUUUUUUUUUUUUUUUUUUUUUUUUUUUUUUUUUUUUUGUUUUUAUUUUUUUUUUUUUUUUUUUUUUUUUUUUUUUUUUUUUUUUUUUUUUUUUUUUUUUUUUUUUUUUUUUUUUUUUUUUUUUUUUAAUUUUUUUUUUUUUUUUUUUUUUUUUUUUUUUUUUUUUUUUUUUUUUUUUUUUUUUUUUUUUUUUUUUUUUUUUUUUUUUUUUUUUGUUUUUUUUUUUUUUUUUUUUUUUUUUUUUUUUUUUUUUUUUUUUUUUUUUUUUUUUUUUUUUUUUUUUUUUUUUUUUUUUUUUUUUUCCGAUCUCGCUGCUGUGCUAUCCUUCCAAAGGUGUUUUGAAGAUUGAUUCCGAUGGAAACGUUGAGUUGCAAUACAAACUCGUGGGAGUUACAAAUGCUAUGUUCUCUGUAGCAGAUGUCGCAAUGGCCACCGUUGGAUUAUUUUACCCAAACCCGGUAACUUCAACUUAUUUCGCAAUUCGUGGUAUCCAUCAACUGUGCGACGCUCAUCAACAUGGAAGAUCAAUCAAUCCAGCAAAUGACUAUGAAACAAUGGUAAACUGGAUCCAAAUAAUCAGCAACGUCGUUUACAUUGGGUCAGUAGGUUUGCAACGUUUUAAUCUUCUUGGAGCUACCCUUCCGUUCGCCAAUGCCCAGGCGUACACGAAUUUUAUCGCGACCGCUACCAAAACACUCCUCAAACCGAUUGAAUGGAACACACUGACUCCGGGCGAACAGGUUUCAUGCUGUGCGGCGUUGUGUUUCGCAUACCAUGAAGUAUUUUCAUUAGAUAACUUUAACCGUUUGGUUGAGAAAGUGCGACUUGAUGCACUAUGCGAAACUUUUGCAAACUUCACUAAAAGCGGUUUCAACAAAGCCCUUUUCCUGCAAAUGUUGAAAAGCAACUCUGCACAUGUGCUAAGUUUGCUUAACUUAGCUAGUGAUUGGAUAAAGAACAAAGUGAAAGUUGCCUUGACAUCGGAUUUGAAGACAAUUACAAUUUUGGGCUACUCAAUUCCACUUGCGAGUAUUUUGAAACUAGAUGAAUCUGACUUAUCUCGUUUGAUGGAGAUCUUAAGAGGAAUUGGAGAAGUCGCUUUUGAAGAUUUUUCAGCAAUGGUGCGAGCGUAUGGUAUCAUACCAGUGAUUCGCUUGAUGUACCAACGUAGCACAGAACUUGGAGGAGAUUUCUUGCUGGCAUACAAUCAAACGCUGGCCGUCAUGAACGCAUUUCGACAAGUCCGACCUGACACGAUUGCUGAUAUCGAUGUCGUAAAUUGCGAACUAAUUUUGAGAACUGGCCAGCGUUACACGAUUAACAGAGCAAUUGAAAAAAUCGGAGAUGAUCCUGGCUCUAGUUCAGCGCUUCAGGGCUUGGUUGUAGAGCGACACUGUAGUGUGUCAUAAUAUUUUUUUUUAAUUUUCAAUGUUUUUAAUUUUAUGGUGUUGGAAUUACUUUGACUACAUUCAAAAUAUCGUAAACAUUUUGAUUCUUUAUUAACAUUUAGAGUAUAUAUUAAAACUGUAAUCAUCUUUAUAAUGGCAAUUGGCAUUACUACAGUAAUAAAUCACACGCUACAUAUAUUUCUACCAAAAAGCCAAACAAUAGAAUUGAGGUGCCCCCACAGAUCAUAAUGAACGCAACUGCAGAGAUGAUACCCAUCAGUACACUGGACAAUCGCAAUGGGAUCACUUGUUAUCACGAUCGUAGCCGCACUUCUUCU